UCUUCCUGUCGUAAAUAAUCACGUGGAGCCAUCAUGGAUGCUUCUGAGUUUGCUGGGGAUUAUUGUAUUCUUAGUGCUGUCUUUAGAUGGAUUGUGAACAGUUGUUGAAUUUCUUUUUCAUCACCGCUGUCGAAAAACAGGAAAUGUUGUCUUGAAAAUAGGCGAUACCUCACUGCUCAGCUCAGUUCGGUUGUUUCACCACAGCAACUCUGUGCGCGCGUGUGUCUGUGUGUUUACUUGUGUGUGUGUGAGAGAGAGUGAGUACCUGCUCACAGUCUGCAGUUUGCAUCAUGUUCGUGUUGGUUGAGAUGGUCGACACUGUCAGGAUCCCUCCGUGGAACUUCCCGAGAAAACUCAACGAGGCCAUAGCUGAGGAGCUCAACAAGAAACUGGCCAACAAGGUGGUCUACAAUGUUGGCCUGUGCAUCUGCUUGUACGACAUCACUAAACUGGAGGAUUCCUUUAUAUUCCCAGGGGACGGAGCCUCACACACCAAAGUUCAUUUCAGGUAUGUUGUUUUUCACCCUUUUCUCGAUGAGAUCCUGGUCGGCAAGAUCAAGUACUGCAGUCAAGAGGGAGUUCAUGUGACGAUGGGCUUCUUCGAUGACAUUCUCAUUCCACCAGAGUCUCUUCAACAGCCUACAAAGUUUGAUGAAGCAGAGCAAGUUUGGCUUUGGGAAUAUGAGACGGACGAGGGAGCCCACGACCUCUACAUGGACCAAGGAGAGGAGAUCCGUUUUCGGGUGACAGAUGAAGUCUUUGUGGACACGUCGCCGACGGGCCCGGCCGCUGCAGCGACAGACACGCUGGCACCGCCGGGACAGUCGACGGCGCCGCCAGCAGCGGACAGCGGGGAGAAGAAAGAGGCACCGUACACUCUGAUUGGGACCAUCUGUGAGCCGGGGCUGGGGCUGCUGUCAUGGUGGAACAGUUAGCACGGCCGAGGAAGAAGAGGACAUUUGGUGGUUACGAACAGAUCGACCAUCGUGACUGAUCGGAGAGACGAGGGACGGUCGGCUGGAGACACAGAACCCUGUUGUUUGGGUACAAAAGUCAAGAGACAAAGUCGAGCUGCUUUCUGAACCAGGAUACUGUUGGUGUAAAGUGACUGAAACCUCUGUCACGUUGAGACUGCCUGUGUUGAAAAUACUGCCCUUAACAUCCCAGCUUCAUGUUUACAUGUAGAGUUUAUCAUAUAUUUAAUAACAGAAUGGUUGAUGGAUAUUUACGUUCAUUUGGUAUAUUUCACAUGAGAUUUUGACCCCCAAUUCAAAAGAAAACAUUGAAGUCAUUCGUUAUUUGAAUCAUAAUGUCAUCACUACUGUAGUAUGAUAGUCGGACUUAAACAGGUCACACAAUCUGUCUUUAAUGGCUCAAAGUAGGUGCUAUUUAAAUCUGGGUUGAAAACUGAACAUCGUUUGUCAGCAGUGAAUACAUUUGGGGCCUAAUGAUGUGAGAACUCUGAGUUUUAAGGUGAGAGAAAUAAGGCCGAGUGACGUUUUUCGUUGGUAUAAACUGACCCGUGGGUCAGAUUUCUAAUGCAUAUGUAUCAUCCAGAUAACGUUGCAACAAAUACAUUUUUUUUUUCCAGUUGGUGUCAAAUUUGUCAAACUUUACAAAGAUUUACUUUUUAUUUGAAAUGUUACCUCUACCCCAGUUUUUGUGCACACAUCCUCAGUUUAUUUAACAGCCUUGUAAUAUUUUGUAUUUCUGUUUAGUCUCAGUAAAAGGGCGUAUAGUUGCA